CUGUCGGGACGCUGGCGGUGCGCUCCGGAAGGUUGCGUGUCCCGAGUGCCCCAGUCAGUGCGCUGUGCUCCGGAGAGGCUCAGUGUCUUGGCUAUCGGUCGGUUGCGGUGGCGGUACCACCACCCCCUCGACGACUCUUCGAGGAGACUGCGUGUACUGCCCUCAGCACACCGGACAGGCCGCGUGUCUUGGGAAUCUGCUUCAGUCGACUGGCCGGCCGGCCGGCUUGAAGAGCAAAACCGCCGUUCUGCUCACCGACCGACUGUCAAAAAAAAAAGAAAAAAUUCGGAGGCUACGGACCAACGGGAAUUCACGUCUACUGCCCUGACAGUUAUUGAGUGCGACCCCUGAUCGAGCGGCUGCUGUUGUUACAACCCCCCCAACCCAACUAGAGUCGAGGAGUGUGGUGUCGCGGCAAUCGAGACGCCCGUCGCCUGGGUUUGCCUCUCACGUCUGAGGAUUCCAGCUGGGAGUUGCAUACAAGGAGGAGGAGAAGCGGCAGGUGUCCAGUAGCGGCCCAUGAGUUCGGUGCGGGGCGGCGGAGGGGAGCCGCAGCUGCAGGAGCAGGAAGAGGAGGCCGAGGCCGAGCCGGGGGCAAGAGCACGCGCUGGAGGCACCGACUCCGGAGACAGCGCAAUGGUUACUUCUAAAGGGGCUGGCCUGAAUCCGAAUGCAAAAGUUUGGCAAGAAAUUCCGCAGGGUGUCAUUGAAACUGGUCCAGCAACUGCUAACGGGACAGAGAAUUCCUGGCAGGACGAAGCCCCCACAACAGUGGCGUACUCUGAGGCUUACAUGCCAAUGUCGGCCGAUGCCUGUAAGACGUAUGACGUGAUGUUUUCCAGCCCCGCGGAGUCUAGUGGCAACAGUACCUCUGCUCCUUCAGAGGAUGUUGGCGUUAAUGGCAUGGAUGCCUUGGAUAUUACCUUCCCACUAUACGAGUCUCCUGGUUUAACAGGAGAAGGUGACUCUACAGUGGAACAGCCUGUUUCCAAGGAAAACCUAAGAGAGUCAUUGAAAAAGCACUUGGAGUUUUGCUUCUCAAGAGAAAAUCUAUCCAAAGACCUUUAUCUCAUGUCCCAGAUGGAUAGUGACCAAUUUGUUCCUAUUUGGACCAUUGCCAGCAUGGAGGGAAUAAAAGUAUUGACCACAGAUAUGGAACUCAUUCUGGAUGUCCUACGUUCUUCACCUAUGGUACAGGUUGAUGAAAAAGGGGAGAAAGUGCGACCCAACCAUAAACGCUGCAUCAUUAUCUUACGUGAAGUGCCCGAGACCACCCCUGUUGAGGAAGUUGAGGCCUUGUUCAAAAAUGAAAACUGCCCCAAAGUGAUCAGUGUGGAGUUUGCUCACAACAACAACUGGUACAUAACAUUCCAGUCUGAUACGGAUGCACAGCAGGCAUACAAGUAUUUAAGAGAAGAAGUGAAAACAUUUCAGGGAAAGCCAAUCAUGGCCAGGAUAAAAGCCAUCAACACGUUCUUUGCCAAGAAUGGUUACCGUGGGCUAGACUCAAGUGUGUACCCCCAGCAAACACAAACUCAGACACAGUACACCUCACCUCUUUUCAUGCAGCCUGUUUACAGUCCCCAACACCAGUACCUGUACAGCAUGGUACCUCAGCCUUGGCCGUCAUCACCUGCUCCAUACUUUGAAACUCCACUGGCUCCUUUUCCCAAUAGCAGUUUUGUUAAUGGCUUUAGCCCUGCGGGAAGUUACAAGUCGAGCACCAGCUCACUGAGCCUUGGUCGCCCAUUUCAUAGAAGUCGGAACCACAUAAAGCCUCAUCUACGAUCAGUAGAUAUACCUCCUACAGUGGGGACUGUGCCUCUGUUGGAUGGACUGGUAGGACCCACGUCACGAAGCCCCCAGACUCCAAGGCAGGCUGGCUCCAUUUUAGGACCCCAAGAACUGGCUAGCACUUACUCUGUGAAGGACUCAUCCAGUCUGAUUUCUGAGCAGAAUGGGGAAAGUAGCGGGGCUGGAAGAGGCAGAAGAAGCACUUACAGAGGAGGCAGACGGAGAAGAGAAGAUGAACGUAGCACAAGACCUCAGCCCCUCACCGAGAGCAAAGUUCCAGCACCAAAGUUUGACCUAGCAACCUCCAACUUCCCUCCACUCCCAGGCAGUGUAAUAAGCAGGCUUGGAGAACCUGUCUUGGAGACCAGGAUGUCUGAUGUUGUCCGGGGAAUCAACAAAGAAAAGGAGACGCCUAAGGAGACCCCAGCUGUUUCUUCGACUACAGUGAGUGAGGAGGUCAUUUUUGGUGCUCCCAUGGUGUGUCCUUCCCUCAAGUCUGCCAACAUUAGCACUUCUGUACCAGACCCUCCAGAAACAAGUGCAAAUACUGCAGAGAAAAGUCCUGUAGUGGAAAUCGUCAUCCAGAAGGAAGCAGCCACCUCAGCUUCAUCUGUUGUAACAUCUGUUCCUCAUCAGCCGCCUGUGGUACCAAAACCUCCAAGACCAGCUCCCACAACCCCUUCAGCCCUAAAUCCUACACUGCCAAGCAGUAGUGUGCCGGAGCCCCGCAAGCUGAGUUACGCCGAAGUUUGUCAGAGGCCACCCAAAGACCCACCACCUGCAGCUGCUCAGCCCUUGAGGGAACUGCGUACAAACACUAACCCUGCAGGCAAGACAGAAGAUCCUGCUUCUAGUUCAGUAAGCAUUACUGGCUCUGCCAGCAUGAGUGGUGACAAACCGCUACAUGGCCAGGAGAAGCCAGCAGACAGCAAGCUGGAGGGACGUUCACGGGAAACACAAGCUGGGUAUCGGAGUAAUGGCACCUUGCGAUCUAAUGCUGCUGGGCUCAAACUGCGUGAGCAGCAGCGGCGGACACCAACUGCACGCCGAGCUUCACCUCAGGGAGCUGGACGAAGGAGUGGAAAAGAGCAAAAUGUCCCGCCCAGAUCGCCAAAGUAAAAAAAAAAAAAA